CAGAGGCUUCUUUGCUCUCGGGAGACAAAGCGGCGGAUUGACAUCAGCUGUGAGAGGCUGCUCUGCGUCAGUGACGCUCCAGCUGUGUCCGCGCGCGGGACCUGCUCACCUGCAGCUCCUUCUUCCGCCUCCUCCGCGAGGUGCGGUGGGUGGAGUCGUUCAGGAGCCCAAACAAAACUGAGGCUUCAGUCGCUGAGAGUACUGGACGUUUUAGUCGGACUUUGGACCGGUUUCAUCGACCUUAAGUUUCGUUCAACAGGUAUGAGUCAUCCGUCCCGUCCGAACCGGGAAUACCGGGACCGAGACAGAGACAGAGGAGACCGGGACCGGGAGAGAGGAGACAGGGACAGAGACAGAGGAGACCGGGACCGGGACAGAAGAGACCGGGACCGGUCGGAGGCUUCAUCGCAGGACAACAGGUCAUCUCAGCCCCCAUAUUACCCAUCAGACAGCAACCCCCGUCCCAGGAGUUUGCGGGAGGUCCGGCACACGGUGCACCAGAGUUCCUCCAAAUGCUCCAACAUUUGUUCCAGGAGAGGUAUCGUGCUGAUCUGCGCCGUCCUGACCAACGCCCUGGUCCUGAUCUGCGUGGUCUCGGCUCAGAUGGUCAUGUCCGGCAUGUCCUCAAUGGGAGGCUUCAGCAGCUUCGACAUCAACACCAACUUCAACCUGCAGGGCACUGAGCUGCAGCAGGUGCGAGAACUGGACAUGCAGUUCAGCCAGAUGAGGGCGCCAGGCAUCUACGGGGGCGUGGCCUUUAGCCUGACCUUCGGGGUCAUUUCACUGCUGUUUGUGGUCGCUGGAAGCAAACCGCCUCAUCUGAUGUCACAGAAGUUACUGAGGGGAGCGUUUGUGUUCCAGGCACUGGGGGCGGUGCUCUAUGUGGUCGCUGUGGGGCUCUACCUUCAUUUUGUGAUAGACGUCAACUCCACGGAUGUGUGUAAGAGGCGCGAGAGGAUUUAUGCGCGAAAUGGCUACACCUGGAUGAACUGCAACGUGGGCGGGGCAGACGCUGCUGUGGCUCUGUUUGGCCUGAUCACAGCCAUCCUGUACACCGCCGGCGCGGUUUUUACCUUCCAGACCAUCAGAAGAGUGUCUCAUUUCUUUAGGGAUAGAAAAAAGAGAGAGGAGGAAAAACGGAAGGGUCGUUCCCACACACAAGACUCACCACUGAGGGCUGGCACCACCCAUGUGUGAGAGGAGGCAACAACUGUGACACUCCCAUCAACUCUGGAUCACAGAUCAGAAGCUUAGACUGUGGAGUUUCAGAGAAGCAACAUGAAAAUGAUGUCAAACAGAACAUCCAGCAUUUGAACAGAAAUAUGAAACUGAACUCAAACUGAAACCAUGAAUUAUCUUCUUAAGCCUUUUCUAACAAGUUUUUUUAAACAUGUCUAGAUUUUUUUCUGUAAAAACAUGACAAAAAGAUCAACAGCUAUGGAUGAAAUUAUUUUGUCAUUUUUGUUUGCAUGUACAUAGUGUUGUUAUUUUUACUUGACUCAUCAGCUCAAAUUAAAUGUUUAUUGUUUGAUGAUUCUUACUGUAAAUAGAUGAGUUGCAUUUUCCUGAUAGAGUUUGACUUAUUGCUGAAAAGUUAACAUUUUUAACAAAAUGCAAACAUGAGGACAUGAAUGCCCAAAGUAUCUGUAACCAUGCCAACACGGGAAUGCCAAAAAGACCUUUAUAAACUUAUAACCACACACACAUAUAUGUAUAAUGCAAAACUUUGGGGUCCAUUAGAAAUGUUUAUAU